UGUAUGACUGACUAUUUGGUGUAAAGCGAUGGGCAAAACCCUUUUCCGACUCCGACUUCGAUAUUCAGAAUGGAGCGUUGCGCUGCUGGAAGCAUCUCGAACCUUUCUUUGAUCCUUCCAAACCCGAUCGCUUCGAAGCAAAUGCAAUCGAUUAUCCACUGCAAAGCUCACUUCCCUUGUUCUACCAACCAAACUUGCUUCGGCUCAGGGUUGAACUACUAUGUUAAGUUUGCUCAGAGGCCUUCAACAUCUGUCAAAUCCUCGCCGUAUACCAAUGAUAAAUCUAAACUAGAUGGUGUUGAGAGCGUGAAUGAUACUCACCUAAAUGAUAAGAAGGCAGACUUUGACAUUCAGCCAACUGAAGAUCAGCAGGAAGGAGCAUUUGGAAAUAUUUCGGCACCAUUAUUGAAGUUUCUUGAGGGUUUUGAUAUAAAGCUUAGCUACGAGGAACUCUAUCCCAUUGUUGCUUAUGGUGGCGGAGGCCUUGUUGCACUUUGGCUGGCUGCUUCUAUCCUUGAUGCUAUCGAAUCUAUUCCGCUGUUCCCAAAAGUGUUGGAACUUGUCGGUCUUGGCUUCACUAUUUGGUUCAGCUCCCGGUUUUUAAUUUUCAAGGAAAAUAGGGAUGAAUUGAUCGGUAGAAUCGAACAUGUUAAGAAGCAGAUGCUUGGCUCAGAGGAUGAUUAGUGGCCGCAUGACAUGAACUAUUUUGUGUGGUUCGUAUGUCCUAAAUCUAGCUUGUCGUUGUUGCUACUUAGUUCAACAUACGAUUGGAUAUAACAUACAUUCAUCUUGGAAUUGUCUAAGUUUUGUGACUUAAAUUUUAGCAUUUGUAAGUGAAGCAACAUUUGAUCCUAUAAAACGAUGAACAGCCAAUGGUUUGAAACAUAAGCUCCGUUUGGACAGAUGUUUUGAAAAAUUAUGAUAAUUGUAGGUAUUUCAUGCGAUGUUUUAUAAGAGAAAAAAUUAAUCGAUUUAAGCUUUUGAAAUAAAAGUUUUGGUGAAAAUAAAGCAUGUGUUGUGGUCCUUGUGGAUUGUCGAUCCCUUCUUAGUUAUGUGUUGUUAUUUAUCUCUUUGGUAUUUUGUUUUUGAAAAUUUAAUAAAUUUAUUUAUAGAUAUGUGAUGUAACUAACAAUCCCUUUUUAGAUGGCUGAUUGAUUUAAUCUAGGGUGAUAGAUUAAUAACCAGACAUUUGGCAA